AAACAUCACGUGACGUGUCCGUGAGCGGCGGUAGCGGCGGACCCCGGACUCUCAGUCCCUCUGUGCGUGGCGGCCUCCCCCUCCCCGCCCCGGACCCCCCUCCGGAGGCACCGAGCGGAGGAAUCUGAUUGUGAAGGCUUGCGUGUUAUGACGACCCCCAACAAAGGAAACAAAGCCUUGAAGGUGAAGCGGGAGCCAGGGGAGAAUGGGACCAGCUUGACAGAUGAAGAGCUGGUGACCAUGUCUGUACGGGAGUUGAACCAGCAUCUGCGGGGCUUAUCUAAGGAAGAGAUAAUCCAACUCAAGCAACGCCGACGAACCCUGAAGAACAGGGGGUAUGCUGCCAGUUGCCGUGUCAAGAGGGUGACACAGAAGGAAGAGUUGGAGAAACAGAAGGCAGAACUUCAGCAGGAAGUGGAGAAGCUGGCUUCAGAGAAUGCCAGCAUGAAAAUGGAACUUGAUGCCCUGCGUUCCAAGUACGAGGCACUGCAGAACUUCGCCCGGACCGUUGCCCGGAGCCCUGUCACCCCUGCCCGAGGCCCACUUGCUUCCAGCAUGGGGCCCCUUGUUCCCGGCAAAGUUGCCACCACCAGCGUUAUCACAAUAGUGAAAUCCAAAACGGACGCCCGGUCUUAGUGAAACGAGCACUGCCUGGGCUUGUCUGUGCAGGGCAGUUAGGCACAAAGCUCAUCCGGAAUCCCCAAAGCACAACCCUCUCCCAGAUGGCCUAGCCCACACAGGCACAUGCUGGCCUGCUUGUCACUGCAGUUGCUUUGUUUUUAGCUUGUUCUGGUUGGUGUGACUGAUGGUAAUGCACCCCUUCCAUUGUGAGCAGAACCUUCCACCUAGUGUAUUCUGGAAAUGGAGGCUGAAGGACCUCAGUACUCUUGCCAAAGAGAUUUUCAGCAGCAUGGAAUACAUUCUUGGGGAGGAAUAACCCAAAGGGGAGGGAAGAGGUUAUAGAAAGUUGGGAGACCUACUGUCAGUGAUGACUUCAAUACCAUUCUUCCAGGAUUGAGUCAGCUGUCCAGUCUGCUGCUUGUAAAUUGCUUGGUAUCAGGGGGGUAGUUUGUGUAACCAUUUUUAUAUUACCAUCUAGUUGCGCCUUUUAGGUUUGAAGACAGGAUUCCUUAGGACUUUUCCUGAAGGAGAGGGAAGUGGGGAAACAGCUAUUUCCUGGUGCUUGUGCUGCAGAGGAAGGAAAGUAGCCAGGAAUGAGCACUGUUGUAUCUACCUACCAGAAGAAGUGGGUUGUAUUGCAGUGACCACAGGCCAGUUUUGUGCCUAAUGUGUUGCACUGAACAAGACCAAAAUCACUAGUUGUUUUCUGUGUUUGGAGAGUAUCCAGUGUCUCUAGUGUGAUGGUUUACACAACUAGUUUAUGUAGUUUAAAUAGCCCUUUAUUUAAGAGAGAAGCAUUCAUUUUAAAGAGUUAUUAAAUGAUCUAAGUUUCAAAUCUAAAAUUCGGUGAAGCACUUCUAUUUAACAGUCUCCUUUUAGCCUGAGAAGGUGAGAAUAUUUGAUUGUCAUAUUCUUGGAGACAGAAAAUACAAAUUUUAAAAAUUUCUCAUUAAGUCUUUGUGGCUCUGAGGUUGGUUUUUAUAAAGAGUUAUUAGACUUUUAUUUAUAAAAACAUAGGGAAAAAAAACAAAAAAAAAGAGGCUAGUCCUGUUUGAUAUCUUUUUGCAAUUGUACCAAAAGUGACUUAUUCUUGAAUUCCCCAUCUGCUUCUUUUGUGUUCCUGUUGUAUUUAGUUGUCUGUGCUCUGAGGUCUUGUGUGGCGCUGUGACGUGGUGGUGCCAGUGGCCACUUUGCUAUGUGGAUGUCCUGUGAGCAUUCGUUUGGCUUUCCCUGGGCUGAGUGCAGGUUUUCUUGGGCAUUUGCCAGUAGACCUUCUUGAAGGUUCUGUCUCAUGAGAAAAUUACCUGAAUUUGAAGCCUGAAAAGAAGGAGUUCUUUUAAGAAGUUACCAAAACUGCUUAAUGAUAGCUGGCAGACAGUGUUGCAUUGUAUCAUGUCACUUGUAUUACAAUUGCCAAAAUUGGUUCUUUGACUGGGUGUUCCUAAAGGCUGAAUCCACAGUUGCAAUGGUAGUGGGGUAGAAGGGACCACUGUUGUUAAUAUAGAACUAUGAAAUGAUGAGGGAAUUGACAGCAUGUCUUUCAAAUGGGUCCACAAAAUCUGUGUUUCCUAGAGUUGGACUAUAUGUAGCAUUUGUGAAGAUCCACUAUUCCGGCAGGAUUCUUUUGCUGGUAAUACUACAGAGAUUCUGUCACCCCCUUGCCUGUUUCCUUCUGUUUUUUAGCAUGUUGAACAGUACAUAGGGAUCUAAGCCAGAAACUCAGUAAGGGCUAAAGAGCAUGUGAUGGUCAGUGUGACCCAGGGAAGUUCAAAUUCAUUGCUUUAUCUUCUGGAUACAUAGUCUUAUUGGAAGCCUAGUCUAGUUUCUCCAAAAGAACCAGUCAUCAGAGAAAGAGAAAGUUGCUUUACCGUCUCUGUUGCUUGCCAGAAGUAGUUGGUCCAUAGGGAGGGAGCAAUGGGUGUGUUAUCAAGAGGGACAUGUGAGUUUGUAUCUUUGUUAGACUAUCACUCUAGGUGGGCACUUAAAACCCGACAUUUUGCCCAGAAAACUGGCCAUCAGAGUGAGCACAAUUAGUGUCAGCUAAUAAAUACUGAGUACUGGCAUAUUCAGAAAACCUUAUUUGACCAUUUUCUGGUUAGCAGAUACUAGAAUCUCUGUUAUAAUGACACAGCUAGUGGAUUCUAGAAAUUUCCACAGCUGAGGCUGAGCUCAAAAACCUCUUGCAGCUUUUCAAAAACUUCCAAAUACAUUCUAGGUUUCAUGGUUAGAAAUAAAAAGAAGCUUUAAUGACUUUUAAAGCAGGGUAAUACAUUCAAAUGACCUCUAGGGCAAAUUCUUAUCCAGAACAUAUCCAGGAACAGCUUUCAACAAAAAUCAGCUGAGAAUCCAUUCCCUGAAAGUCAUCUUCCUGAUAUCGAUUAACUGGUAAAAUUCCACUGCCUAGAGUAUGCUGCAAGACUGGAGGGAAAAAAGCUUUAAAUGAGGACUUGCUUUCAAAAUAUCUUGAUCAUAUCUGCUGGAAUUCCCUUUUUUCCCCACUGCAAGAGCCCUGUCCUCUGCAAACUAUUCACCUGAAAUGGAGGGAAGGGCCCUUCUAUUCAGCAGUCGUUCCUUACAGCAUCUCAGCUGCCCCUUUGACACAGCAGAUUGGAGGUAGUAUUUAUUGUUGUAUUUUGUGCUGUUCGUUGCAUAUGUGAACUACAGAUGUGCAGAGUGCAGCUGAGGGAUGCACAGGAACAAAGAACAACAGACUGCAGAGAAAGAGAAAAAUAACAAGAUACUCUGAUGUGAACAUGCGCUUGCCUUGGCUGCAGAUUCUACCAGAAAUCACAUUUGCCACAUUAGUUGCUACUUUUUAUUUCAGAUUUAGAAGGAAUGGAAAACAGGUUGCUGCAUACAAUAGCAGUUAUUGUUAAGCCUUGCCUUACUAAGGCUUUUAGGUUUCUGAUCCUAAAAAUAAUUAAACCUGUGUGGAAUAAAUUACUCUGAGCUAUAUUGAGGCUAGUAAAAUCUGAUAAUUCCCCAGGUGUAUGUUUAUCACUGCUAAUUUGAAAGACUUAGAAACCAAUGCAAGUCUGUGUGGAAUUACUAGAGCCAGAACUUUCCUAUGUUUAAUUGUUCCAUAUCACUCUACCUCCUUGCAUCUUUCUCUCCAUCUUUAAGCUGUAGAUAAUUUCUUCCCUUCAUUGCCUUCCACUUUCUAGUCCUUGCCAAAGAAAUCCAAAUUCUGUGAAAACCAAACAGUUGUAACCUAAAUAAGCAAUAUUUAUGCUUUCGUGUCAAACUUGCAAAUAACAAUAGUGUGUAAUUUGGGUUUUCUGACCAUCAAAUUUAUAAACGAGGUGGGUUCUGGAUUGAAAUGUUAGGUCUCUUGGUCAUAGCUUCCUUUGCAUGAAAGGCAUUUAUGAGACCUGGAUGGAUGAGCAACAACUCUUAAUCUGAGCUGCCUGCUGUUUUAACUCCAUUGUUUUGGCAUGCUUCUCUGUGCUGUAAUUGCUCAUUGCCCCAUGGAAAGCAGGGUGAAGACAUUGGUGAUAGUUCCAUACUAUUAAAAUACAGCUCCAUGUGGGGCUGCCUUUCUGGAGUAGAAAUUUCUUUUCAGCCAGAUGGGUAGUUUUGGAUCUCUUCAGUCCCAUGAGUAUAUAUCAUCCUAGACAUUUCUUGAUUGGCAGUCCUUACUCCUUAGAAUUGGCUAGAUUUCUUUUGGUGCUCCUUCUUCCUGGGUUGCUUGUUUUACCAUCUAGAUCUUGGAUCCCACGAGAAGCCUCUGAUAAAGAAAGUCUGUCCUCUAGAUUUCCCAAGAGUAGCUGGGUUGGUUUUUGUAGCAAAACUAGUGGUGUCAUGGCACUUUAAAGACUAACAAGUAUUAUUAUAUCAUCUUUUGUGGACUAGAAUUUACUUCAGCAGAUCCAUUAGAUAUUAAAUUGGCUUUGAUGUAUGUGUAUAAAAACAAAUACCCAGACACAUUUUAGAUACAAAAACACAGAGUAAAAAUUUUAUUAAAGCUUAUUCUCUCUCUCUCUCUCAUAUUAUAGUUUCCAUUUUCUGCAAAGUUGGUAACACAAACAGUGCAAGAUAUUUACAUUAUCCGCAUUAGUCUGUGGUCACUGUAAAUUUUUAAAAUAUAUUUGAGCUGUAAUGUAAUCAUUGCAAUCUAUAUUUCUUGCAAUUAACUUUUGUCUGUUCUGCCUAAAAUAACAUUUCCCUCCACAAACAAUAUGUAUAUUAGUUGGCCAAUUUGGGAUAAUACUUAAUUUAUCCACUGAAGUUGACUUGUCCACAUAAAUUUAUGCCAUAAUACAUUUGCUCAUCUUUAAGGUGCCACUUUCCCCUCAAGGCGCGCCUUUUGCCCUUUUCAAGGCUAGAGAAGUGAGACAGUUUCCUCAUCUGAAUGGGUUGGAAGACAUUCUUACAAGCAGAUGGAUAUGUAUUGAGCAAAUCUGGCUCCAGAACUCAAUGGUAAAUCUUCCAACUGGAGUGGGGGAGGAGGAGACAAGGGAGCCCUUCACACCUCCCGUCUUCCUUCACUUUCAGUCUGUCUCCUUUUAGUGUUCAUGAGUUUUUUCUGUCCUAGAGUCCCCUCUCAAGCCCUUCCUCCUCAAUUUCUUUUUCUGGUAUAUAGCAUUCAGAGUGUGAUGGUUCUUGUUUUCUAGGUGACAGUUUGGUUUUCCUGCUGUGAAGGGUGUUUUUGUUUUAUUUUUUUAAUGGGGCAUUUUGCUUGAUGCAACAGGUGGAGAGCUUUGCUUUCUACUUGGAUGCAGAACGGCUCCGUGAAGUAUAAUUCCACCCACAUGUGGCUGGCUUGGGGGGGUGGGUGGGAAGGGGAGGGUCAUUUAUGUCGUGGUGAAUUAUGUAAAAGUGAUAUUUUGGAUAACGAAACAACUUUUUCUUUUCAGAAAAACGCAAGAAAGACUGCAGGCUAAGAGCUGGGGAAUGUGAUUGUUAGUAAUGGGUGGAGGCUGCUCAGAUGUUGUCCUUGGGGAAUAUGUUCCUGGGUGGAAUAGAUGCAGGAGUGGGAGGGCAUGUACUACCGUGCAUAGAAGACAUGACAACUUUGGUGUUCCUUGUGUCCUUGAUCAGGUUUUUGCAUCUGCUGUACACUGGCACAUUCCAGAGAAGUAGGAUGGCAUUUCACUAUAAUCUAGCAGUGAGCAGAGCUGGCAUAUCUAUUUAUUACUUUCACUUGGACUAGUAGUGUGCUCAAGUGGUACCUUGUCUUGUAUGCCAGUGAAGAUAGAAGCACUUUUUGACAACUUGCCUUUCACCUCUUUCUGAUAUCUCAAACUGUAUUUUGCCAGUAAAAUAAUUAUUAACGUGCAGGAAUGUUCCUGUCUGGUAUAAUAGCAUUGCUGCUGUUUCCUCUAAUGUAACAGUGAAUAGCUGUGACUGCUAAUACAGAGUAUUACUCCUCCCUAUGCAGAAAGGUUCACGUAGUGGUCUAGCUGUGAGCUUCAGGCAGGUUCUUCCAAGUAGUGAGGACUUAUUUUAUCCUUCCAUAUCUGAUAAACAGUAUGUGAGCUCUGGAUGCUUGCAGCUGACACUUGCAUGAAUGAGAGGUACUGCGCAGUUGAGUGAGUAGUCUCCUAGUUCCCAGUAAAGAUAUGUUACUAUCUGGCUAUGCAAAGGUGUUUGGGAUUCCCAUGCAGUUUCAAGUGCUACUUGCCCUUGUCCUCACCUGCAGUUUGCUCUGAAUUUAUUACACCCUUUGUCAAACUGGAAUAUUAUGGAGAAACAAGAUAAAUUAUAUUUGGUGUACUUAAUGAAAUGAACUGAUGACUGCUCCUCCCCACUCCAGAUGUUGAAGAUAGUCCUUAAAAAUAUUAAUUGAAAUGACUUCACUACUGCUUUAAAAUAUUUGUUUAAAAGAUUGGGGAGGAACAUUUUGAUAAUAAGAAAUUCAGUCUCCAUAGCUGAUACAACUGGAGAUGAAUUCUAUGUGCUAGGGGUGUAAAAGCAUACUGUCACGUCCUGGGUCUCUCCUGUACAACAGUUGAACCCAAGUAAUUAAUCAGUAUUUAUUGCUAAAUUAUUGUCCUUUUUCAAUCUGUAGAUAACUGUUGGGGAUUUGUUGCCACAGCCCCAGUGGAGGUGUUGUUAAUUUAUUUAUGUAUAUAGUGUAUGUUUGUUGAUAUGAAGCAUUCUUUAUUUUGUAUAUGACCAAUAAACAUCUUUAAAGAGGCUGGCCCCUAUGAUAUUACUGAGCAGGUUUGGGUUGCCAGACUUGUUUUCUGUUGCUGACUGGAACUUUUAAGAUUUAACUGUUUGCAUGCAUUGUGUGCAUAAUCUCCCUGCUGCUUGAAAAGUCAAGUUGGUUUCCUGUUUGGUUUUAGGAUUUUCCCAGGAAUCCUUUCCAGGU